AUGGCGUUUUCAUCAGCAGACAUUGCAAUGCUGAUUAAUGAAUGCCUUACUACCUGGAAGGCAAUCAAGCCCCGACAGAUCGUGCUGGACUACCUGGCCAAUGAAAUCCACGAGCUAGGUGUGGAGCUGGCAGAUGUGAGGCAUUUGAGCCAGGACACGGUGGGCCGUUUGAUUGUCGUCAUGGGGGAGGUAAAGUCACUGCUUCGUCAAUACACAGGCGCUUCGACGUCGUGCACCAGCAGCAGGAUGCUCCGGGUGUUGCCUGCGUGCCUUUCCAGACCAAAGACGCCACGAGACCUGCUGGCGGAAAUCGAGCGGCUUCAGGCACAGCUGCAUGCAGAGGCGACCAUCAGAGAGAGUGUGGCGAUGCGGGCGCAGAUCCCCAACUUGCUGAGCAUGCUCGCCCUGCGAGCUGUUGUCAGCAGUGAAAGGCUUGAGGGGGCAUUGAAAAAUUUGGCGAUUCUAGCGACUGCUCCCGACUGUGGAAGGAAAAUUGCGGAGUCUGGGGGCAUCGCCCUUUUGGUGAAAGUAAUAAAGAAAGGCAGUCGAGGGUGCCAAAUUGAGGCAAUGAGGGCGCUGGGAAAUUUAGCACUGUCAUGUCCAGAGCACCAGGUGUCCAUUGCACGCUUGCAUGGUGUCAAGGCUAUCGUUGACAAGCUCACGGGCAAGCGUGUGUAUCGGGAGCAGGCAUUGUGUGCCGUGGCCAACCUUACAGGUCUCGAUGGAAGGAGCCUGGAAAGGGUGUGGCGAAAAGUGUUUUCACCUUUAGGACGUUUCACAGAGAAAGGAAUUUCAUCAUUGUGGAAGCUGCAUGCCGUUCGAGCCCUUGCGGGACUCUCCCGCCGCGAGAAGCUCCAUGGGAGCCUGGUAGACAGUGGUGUGAUUCCACAGAUGCUGGGCAUGGUGGACAGCGCCGAUCCGGUGCUUGUCAACCUUUCCAUCAAGGCCCUUGCACGCAUCAGCUUCAAGGAAGACUAUUGCCAGCUCAUCAGAGCGGCCAAUGGAAUUGAUACAAUUGUUAGGAUCCUCUCCAUCGAGCCAUUUCGAACGCACAGCGCGGGCGCAGCCCUGUGCGUUCUGGCCAACCUGGCUGGCCUGGAGGACAGUCACGACGUCAGGCAGUGGGAGAAGGCUGUCCCUCCGUUAAUAAAGUGUGGGGAGUCUCAGGGACCGGCGUGCCUCAGAAACUCGGCGCUGGCCCUUUCCUCCCUGUCCAGGUCGUUGCCGCUUCAGGAGAUCAUCCACAGGAUGGGCGGCUUGCCGGUGCUGGUGAACUGGCUGUCGUCGGACGACAUGGCCUGCAGGGAACGCUGCUGUGUCUGCCUUGCCAACAUGUCCACGACGGGCAACCUCCAGCGCUUGCUGGACAUCGACAGGGCUGGAGGCGUUUCGGCCCUCGUGAACGUGGUGCAGACCGGCAAUGCCGUCUGCAGGGAGCAGGCCUUUCGGGUGCUUGCGUGCAUGAGCUCGCAGAGGCCUCUCCAGGAGGUGCUAUUCAUGCGGGGCGUCGUCGGGCCGUCGCUGAGUGUACUGGCCAACGUGUACAAUUCGCACAAGUGCAUGCUGUACGCGACGUACACCUUGGCGAAUCUGUGCUGGGUGAGGGAGUGCGUGGAGGAGGUGAGGGAGGAGAAUGGGGAGGAGGCCCUCAGGCGGAUCGCCAGUUCCAGGCACCGGGCAGCCUCGAGAAACGCCAUGGUGGUCUUGAAUAAAUUGUCGACAUUGAAUCGUAGCUAUUGA